AUGGCAUCCCCCGCUCAAGAUCCCCGGCUGCUGUAUAGCAUAAAUAACAUCAAGGCAUUCCACCUGCAAAAUGGCGAGGAAUCCGAUCUUACGCCGUCCGGGCCCCAGACUCUGUCUCUUCUGAUGGUACCGACAAACGCCUCUGUGCCACAGAAUUCCCCGGAUGCCACACCCGAAGAGGAUUUCUAUCUUCAUCUGCAUCUGCCGCCUGAGCUGGACCUGGCCCUUCCGGCCACCACCCAGAUUUACCACCAACCUCCGAGCAGCUUCCUAAUCCCCCGCUGGGAUCUAGGCCCCGAUGCGGGCGCUUUCAUCCGGAUUCAAUUCCCCGGCAUCGGAUCAGGCCCUGAUAAGGUGACUCAGGAGGAUGUGGAUACCUUUGAGACUAUCCUAGCUCAAUGCACCGCAUUCCUGGAGCACGCGCCUCCACCAACACCCAAGAGCCAUGCUCCGUACAAUCCGGCCAACUUUGCCCCUGGAGAGGGCUACGUCUCCUCCGGCAGUGCGACUCAGCCUGAUCCACAUGGCCGGAUUGUGCUCGUGGACGAGGAAAAUGGCAGCGUUGUGGGUGAGAUGGAGGGAUAUGACGUGGUUGAAAAACCGGGAGUGAAACCUGGCUCGAAGCGGCCAGUGGAAGUUCAACUCCCUAGCGAAGGGGAAGGGAACCAGAUCAGUGUCAGCAAUGUAUCCGAAGAAUACCUGCAGAUGGCUCGUCAUCCAGCGUACAAGGGCUCGACCAUCGUUCAGACGUCCGCCAUGGCUUCCCGACUGCUAGUGACCGGAUCGACGUACCUGGCCAGUGCUAUGGCCACUGGAGCUGAUACUUUCACAAAGAAGACUAAGCCUAACCCCAAACCCAUGGCUUUCUCCGAUACCACGCACACCAGGGUGCGGAAAAUCGGUGAUUUCUCCCACACCGCGGCCGGCCUUUCCGCGCGGACCGUGGGCCAGGUGGGCAAGUAUGCUCAGAACUUCGGGGCCUCUCUGGCCCGCCGCAAGGAGAAUGAGAAGAACAAGGGCGUCGACAAAUCCGGGAACGGCACCGAAUACAAACCCGGAAUGCUGAACAAGUCCAUGAUUGCCUUUUCGACCCUGGUGGACGGCAUUGAACAGAGCGCACGAAACGUCUUGAUUACCGGCUCGUCGGCCGCCAGUACGAUGAUCGGACAUCGCUAUGGCGCGGAAGCGGGCUCCGUUGCCACCGAUUUGACGGGAGGCGUGAAGAAUGUCGGGCUGGUCUACAUCGAUGCCACCGGAGUGAGCCGCAAAGCCGUGCUGAAGUCGGUGGCUAAAGGCAUGGUGGUAGGUCGCAUGCGUGAUGGCAAGCAGGUAGUCGUCGGGACAGGAGACGGCGGCGAGGUUCCAUCUGGUACACCAAGUUCAAGCCGUGAUCCCGUUAUGAGACGGCGGUCGCCAAACCCAACACCACCGCCAGCAUACGGCGCCCCAGACACCGUGUCUCUCGGUGGAAGCGGCAUGUCGGGGGGGAAGCGUUAG